AAUUGUAUCAGUCUUUGGUUAAUGCGCUUUGAGCAAUCACAUAUCUACAUACAGAUAGGUUCCAUCCAUAACCAUGAAGUCGGAAAUUCCCAUUUUGGAUUGCUCCAAAAUUUCUGGGACGUAUGAUGGAGUGAGCAAGGCUGAAGGAUUUGAAGAAUUUGCGAAACAACUGGGCGACGGAAUGAGUGGUAUCGGAUUCGUCUAUCUCACGAAUCAUGGCGUCCACCACUCAAUUAUUAGCACCGCCUUUUCAGAAUCUCGGAAUUUCUUUGAACUCCCGAAAGAUGUAAAGAUGAAGUAUCGUAAAGUUGAUGCUAUCGAAAAUUUCAAUGGUUACACGGCACCGGAGGAUGAAAUUGCAAACGAGAACGACAAAUCGUCUCCAGAUUACAAGGAGGCGUGGGACAGUUGGGGGACGAAAAUGCUGAGCGAGGCCAACUAUCCCUCAGAAGUUCCUGGAAUGAAAAAAUCUGUGGACGAUUUCCGUCUCUCGCUCGUCACGCUGUGCAAGAAACUGUUCCUCUGCUUCGGCCACUACUUGAAGCUGGAGGACCCUGAAUUCUUCCUCCAACGACACAAGGCCCUGGACGACCUCAACAUCAAGUCCCAUAACGAUAUCCGCACCAAUUACUACAAGGCUCUGAACUCGAACGACGUGGCUGAGAUUCCCGAGGAUGCCUUGCGACUAGGCGAGCACAACGACUGGGGCACCGUCACCUUCCUCGUGCAAGAUUCGGUGGGAGGAUUGGAGGCCAAGAAGACGAACGGAGACUGGAUCUCGGUCCCACCCAUCGAAAACUCCAUCAUCCUCAACGCAGGACUCAUGUUGGAAAUGUGGUCGGGAGGCCAUUUCCCAGCCACGUUUCAUCGCGUGCGUCUCUUGAAGUCACAGGCGAAAACGGUUCGCCAGAGCAUCGGAUUCUUUGUGCAACCGACGGAGAAUCCAAUUGCAUUCCGUUGGUUCCAGAGAAGAAAGAUUGGCACCCAAUGUAUCCCAAAGUGGACAAGGAAACCCACUUUGAAUAUUUUAAAGACAGAGUCCGCGGAUCCAGAGCCUACUAAUUGAUAAUAUUGGACCAACAUCUCAACUGUAGCAUUUUUUAGCACUUGCAUAUUACAUCACGUUGAAUUCAUUAUUAAAACAUUUUAAGCAUUGA